GGCCUCUCAGCUUCAGUGUUGGGCUGAUUGGCUGGAUCAGUUACGAGCAUCCAUAAUCCAUGCUGGGCUAGUACGGAGCUGAUCGGCAGGCAACAGGACGCCUUGCGCUAGGCAGCGCAUCUACAUUGACAACGUGACGGAGGUUUCUGGGUGCUCAUAUAGAUUAUGCUCGGCGGCAUAGCAGUAGGGAAACAAUAUGGUGUUCUUUGCAAGACUGGGCGUCGCGAUAGAAUAACUUGCGAUGGUCGAUGCAAGAGAGUCCAAACCAACUGCCAAUGUUGUGUCGUCGGCAAAGCUGCACAAGAACUCCCCAAAGGCAUCUGGUAAUGACAUCUUCAAAGCCAUGAUGUCGGGGACGGCAGUAAAACGACCCGCAUCAAGCCAAGCGUCCGAUACCAAGAAACGAAAGCCUAAACCAUUACCAGCAACCUACGCCCAUCUACCUCUAUUACCUGAUGCUAUAUCCGAUGGACUCUUGGUAUUGUUUGUUGGUUUAAAUCCAGGUUUGGAAACAGCUAGAUCUGGUCAUGCGUAUGCGCACCCGACAAACCAUUUCUGGAGGCUCCUUUUCUCGAGCGGAAUCACGCCCCGAGCCUGUCGACCCGAAGAAGAUGGCAAAAUGCCCGAACUCUAUUCACUUGGGCUGACCAACAUUGUCAGCCGGCCGAGUCGCAACGGCGCCGAACUAAGCAAACAAGAGAUGGACGAUGGCGUGGCACUACUCCACGAAAAAGCGCGCAAGUGGCGGCCUGAGUCAAUGUGCAUCGUUGGAAAGAGCAUUUGGGAGAGUAUCUGGCGUGUCCGACAUGGAAAGUUACCUGGCAAGAACUUCAAGUAUGGCUGGCAGGAUACAUCAGAGAAUAUGGGCGUGAUUCGGGGUGAGUGGAAGGGCGCGAGAGUAUUCGUCGCUACUACAACAAGUGCACUGGCAAAGAACAUGUCCAUGGAGGAUAAGCAAGAAAUAUGGGACAAAUUAGGGUCAUGGGUUAUGGCAAGGAGGAUAGCAAGGGAAAAAGACAAGGUAGAGGCAAAGGAAGGCGCAGAGGCUGAAGCAGCGCUUAAAAAAGAUUUGCCUACAGAUCUAUCUAGCGUCAAUAGUGAUGAUACGACAACAUAGCUUAGCAUUUAUGAAUCUGUAUAUAUAUAUAUAUAGCUGAGAAGCCUGUAUUGCGCGUUAGCCGCCAAAGAAAUACGCAUCAUACUACAUGCGGAUGCUGUAAUAAGAAGGUCUUUAAUAUGAUCGAAAUCUCCAUACCCUGGAUUUUACGACAGUAAUAUCGCACAAGGUGAUCUAACCCAUGACUCGGGUGGCCCCUGCUGCUCCAGCUUCUUAAACGGCACAAUAGCGGUACACAUAUUACUCUCACC